GCUGGAUUCUCAUAUAAUAUCCCAGUGUAAUGCAUUUAAUUCUUCUCUUUAAUAUGGUAAGCAUGUUGUACUCCCGACAUGCAUUUCUUCGGAAAUGGGAAGCUCUGGACUUUCCUUUAAUAUGUCGUAAAGAUUUUUUGUAAUCCCCCUACCAUGCGGAACUUGGAAUGGGACUGCGCUGCUUUCUAACUCGAACAGGUAACCCGGUUCGGUUGGUUUUAGAAGUCAACUCCAUCUAGCUCCCCGCAACUUUCCCGAGUCCGUAUCCAAAUCCCCGCCACCACGACGACGCGGGCACUGCGCGUAUCCAAGGGCGCCCCCUCCUUUCCCUCCCCGCAACCCAAAAGCCUCCAAUCUUUCCUUCCCCUCUCCAAUGGCCGCCACCAUCUCCACCACCGCCUCCGCCGCCUCCCGCCACCUCUCCUCUGCCCACCCCGGCUCCCCCAAACCCUUCCUCCCCCUCUCCCUCAAAACCCUCCCAAAACCCUGCCUUUCUCUCCGCCACCGCCUUACCUCCUCUCCCCACCGCCGCCUGCUCCCAAUCUUCGCCACCGACUCCGGCGAGCUGUUUCCCUCAUCGCCUGAUGGCGUCGCCAACGACCUUUUCCCACUGUUCGACGAUAAGCCCCGGGAGGAGUGCGGCGUGGUAGGCAUAAUCGGCGACCCGGAGGCUUCCCGGCUGUGCUGCCUUGCCCUCCACGCCCUCCAGCACCGCGGCCAGGAGGGCGCCGGCAUUGUCGCCUCUGACUCCACCACCCUUCGCGCCCUCACCGGCCUCGGCCUGGUCUCCGAGGUCUUCUCCCCGGCCAAGCUCGAUUCCCUCCCCGGCUCCGCCGCCAUCGGCCACGUCCGCUACUCCACCGCCGGCGCCGCCUCCUCCCCGAUGAACGUCCAGCCCUUCCUCGCCGGCUACCGCUUCGGCCAGCUCGCCGUUGCCCACAACGGCAACCUCGUGAACUACGCGGCCCUCCGCACCGACUUGGAGGCCCGCGGUUCCAUCUUCAACACCUCCUCCGACACUGAGGUCCUCCUCCACCUCAUCGCCACCUCCACCUCCCGCCCCCUCCUCUCCCGCCUUGUCGAGGCCUGCCGCGCCAUCGAGGGAGCCUACUCCCUCGUCUUUCUCACCGCCAGCAAGCUCUUCGCCGUCCGCGACCCCCAUGGCUUCCGCCCUCUCGUUAUGGGCCGCCUCCGUCGACCCUCCCGGGCCGUCGUUUUCGCCUCCGAGACGUGCGCCCUCGACCUCAUCGGCGCCGACUACGACCGUGAGGUCCAGCCCGGCGAGGUCCUCGUCGUCGACGGCCAGGACCUCUCCCUCACCUCCCUCUGCCUCCUACCCCACAAGCCCCGCAAAGCUUGCAUCUUUGAGCACAUCUACUUCGCCCUUCCCCACUCCGUCGUCUUCAGUCGCCCCGUCCACGCCUCCCGCUAUUCCUUCGGUGCCGCCCUCGCCGCCGAUUCCCCUGCCCCCGGCGCCGAUGUCGUCAUCCCCAUCCCGGACUCCGGCUUCUUCGCUGCCCUCGGAUUCGCUGAGCGCUCCGGCAUCCCCUUCCAGCAGGGCCUCAUCCGCUCCCACUAUGUCGGCCGCACCUUCAUCCAGCCCACCCAGGAGAUCCGCGACCUCGGCGUCAAGCUCAAGCUCGCACCUGUUCGUGGAAUUCUCGAGGGGAAGAACGUUGUCGUUGUCGACGACUCCAUCGUCCGUGGCACCACCUCGUCCAAGAUCGUCCGGCUCAUCAAGGACGCCGGCGCCUGCGAGGUCCACAUGAGGAUUGCCAGCCCGCCCAUCGUUGGCUCCUGCUAUUAUGGGGUCGACACCCCGAGGGCCGAGGAGCUCAUCUCCAAUAGGAUGGAUGUGGAGGGGGUUAGGAAAGAGAUUGGCUGCGAUUCGCUCGCCUUCCUCUCGCUUGACAGCCUCAGGAAGCUGCUCGGUGAUGAGGCACCCACUUUCUGCGAUGCGUGCUUCUCCGGGAGCUAUCCUGUGCCGCCGAGGGAGCACGAGGUCGUGAAGGUAAUGGAAGAGUGAGGUUAAUGCGUUCUCUACACAGAUCGUGGCGCUUAUUUAUACAAAUUCUUAUGUUGGUAUCGAAAGAAUCAGAAGAGGAAAUUUUGUUUUCUGCUUUAACCGUUCUGUAUUUUUACCUUUCCAUAACUUAGUUAUAGUGAUGAGAUGUGGUUUUCAGAGGGAGAGAGAUAUUUAUCAUCUUGUAUUAAGCUGAUACCCUUUUUCCACGAUAUCUUCAGAUCCAAACGAUCAUGUUGUAUGGAAUAUAUUUUAGAUCAGAAGAUAUAAUUUGUCAACGCAUGCUUUGUACUUUUCUUCUA